AAAUUAUUUCGGGGAACGACCUCCAAGAAUCAGCCCUCACUCUCUGUGCCCGCAGUCGACUUCAGGAAAGGCCCGAGGAAACAACAGAACCGACAAAAUGAAGUUCCUUAAGACGUCGAGGGUCUGCCUCGUUACCCGGGGUCGCUAUGCCGGCAAGAAGGUCGUCAUCAUCCAGCCCGUCGACAGCGGCAACAAGUCGCACCCCUACGGCCACGCCCUGGUUGCGGGCAUCGAGCGGUACCCGAGCAAGAUCACGCGCCGCAUGUCCAAGACGAGGCAGGAGAAGCGCUCCAAGGUCAAGCCCUUCAUCAAGGUCAUCAACUACAACCACCUGAUGCCCACCCGCUACACCCUCGAGCUCGAGGGCCUCAAGGCCGUCCUCAACGCCGAGACCUUCAAGGAGGUCAGCCAGCGCGAGGAGGCGAAGAAGACCGUCAAGAAGGUGCUCGAGGAGCGCUACACGAGCGGCAAGAACCGGUGGUUUUUCACUCCUCUGCGCUUUUGAUCGGUUUUUCCUCACAAUUGGCUGGGCGGGGCGAACGGGUUAUUCGGGCUGUACACAGCAAUCAUCACGGAAUAAAAUCUGAGGCUCACUAGCUGAAUUUUUACGGCAUUUUGACGACACACUCGUCUGGCGUUCACGUCGUUCCUCCUAGAUAUCCAGCCCGCGUGUGCCGCCGGUUCAGCAUGGGAAGCCGGGUCUGGGCAAGGCAGGCAGGGGGGCGGAGCGGGCGGGAGCGUGGCACUCAGUAACCGAUGAUGUCCUGGCCUAAUGGGAAUCCAGCAGAGUAGGACGAGCAACGAUGUCUUUGGCGACGUGUUUAACUGCUCCGUUUGUGACAGCUGCCUCUGGGAAAUGUGACUGCGUUCCGUGUAUUCGUUACGAUUAUCUCCGCGUCUCGUAAUCAGCCUGAGCGUACUUAUUUAGCCCUCGCAGAGUGUCACACCAGAAGACG